CCGCGCCUGCCCCGCGCCAGCACAGCGCCCGGCGCUCCGCUCCGCACCGCACCGCUCCCGGCCCCGCGCCUGCCUGCCCGCCUGCCCUCCCGCGCCUUGCCCCGGCCACCCGUGGAAUUACCGCGCUGUAGCCGGGAUCGCCCCUUUCCGCGCCCCGCAGGAAAUCAGGAGUUCAAGGAAAGCUUUAAAAGGAGAGUUUUCUGGGACAGAAAUCAUAUUCUUGUGGCUUUUUUUUUUAAUGAAGAAAACCAUCUGAAUUGCCUAACCUUUUCUAUGGUAGAGUAACUCACAUUCUUGCAGCACAGGAGGAAUUCUUUCCUGCAUUACAAAUUUGGAAGAGGUGUUAAAAAGUGAGAGUUGGAAAAUGGUUCUUCCCAAGAGGCAUGGAUGUAUGAGGAUGUAGCUACUGUACAAAAUUUAUACUUGGAUAAUUCUGGACAGGAAAAAGCAGCCCCAUUGCUGACCUCCUGACGAGGCUACCAUCCUUCAAGCCUCAGCAUAAUGAAUAGUUUCCAUCACGCGGCGCUGAAGUUACCACCUCCGACUACUACGCUGCACAGAAGAGUUUGUAAGAGUUACAAAGAAGGUAAUUCCUGCUAAAGGCAUUAAACCAAACAAAAGAGGCUCUUCCAUUCACAGACUUUACAUGGGGAUAAAAAUAGAGGGAAGCUGAAGCUUUUCUACGCCCCAGCCUGGUGUGCUUAUGUACCAUGAUAAAUCUUGGUUGGAAUGCUCAUUGAGUAUCGUGCCAGGAGCCAGGAAGCACACACCACCGAGAAGGAGCGCCUGAGUAAACACCAUCGAGCAAAAAAACCCAUCUCCAUGGAGUAAACUGUAAGAGUGACUCGUGAGAAAGACAUUCCUAUACUGGAUAUCCUCAAGCACAAAAUUUACUCAUACCUUUAAAUACGAUUGUUGAAGAUCAGAACUGUAUACAAAUCUCAUCAUUCCUGACCAUGAUUAGUGUAACCUGGAGCAUCUUCCUAGUUUGGACUAAAAUAGGGCUGUUACUUGACAUGGCACCUUGCUCUGUUAGUGCCAAACCAUGCCCUUCAGUAUGUCGCUGUGAUGUGGGUUUCAUAUAUUGUAAUGAUCGCGCUUUGACGUCUAUUCCUACAGGAAUCCCAGAGGAUACUACUACCCUCUUCCUUCAGAACAAUCAAAUAAAUAAUGCUGGGAUUCCUUCAGAACUGAAGAACUUGCUUAGGGUGGAAAGAAUAUAUUUAUACCACAACAGCCUAGAUGAAUUCCCCACUAACCUCCCUAAGUACGUUAAGGAACUGCACUUGCAGGAGAACAAUAUAAGGACCAUCACUUAUGAUUCGCUUUCACAAAUUCCUUAUCUGGAAGAACUGCAUUUGGAUGAUAAUUCUGUUUCUGCUGUUAGCAUCGAGGAUGGAGCUUUCCGGGACAACAUCUAUCUCAGGCUUCUUUUUCUUUCUCGAAAUCACCUUAGCACCAUUCCCUGGGGUUUGCCUAAAACGAUAGAAGAGCUACGCUUGGAUGAUAAUCGUAUUUCCACGAUUUCAGAGCUGUCCCUUCAAGACCUUACAAAUCUAAAACGGCUUGUUUUAGACGGAAAUCUUCUAAAUAACCAUGGAUUAGGAGACAAAGUCUUCAUGAAUCUAGUCAAUCUUACGGAACUGUCGUUGGUCCGCAAUUCGCUCACAGCCGCACCGGUAAAUUUGCCAGGGACAAACCUAAGAAAGCUUUAUCUCCAAGAAAACCACAUCAACCGUGUGCCACCCAACGCUUUCUCUUACUUAAGGCAGUUGUGUCGACUAGAUAUGUCCAAUAACAAUCUCAGCAAUUUACCUCAGGGUGUCUUUGAUGAUCUGGACAACAUAACUCAACUUUUCCUUCGCAACAACCCUUGGCACUGCGGUUGCAAAAUGAAAUGGGUACGUGACUGGUUACAGUCGCUGCCUUUAAAAGUUAACGUACGUGGACUGAUGUGUCAGGCACCGGAAAAAGUACGUGGAAUGGCUAUCAAAGACCUCAACGCCGAACUAUUUGAUUGUAACGACGACGGCACGAUAAGCACCAUCCAAAUCACUACCGCGGUACCAAACACGUUAUACCCGGCCCAGGGACACUGGCCGGUUUCUGUCACCAAACAACCGGACAUCAAGUCUCCCAACCUAAAUAAAAACUACAGGACCACAGCAAGCCCGGUACGCAAAAUCAUUACGAUCUUCGUGAAAUCCGUAAGCACGGAGACUAUUCACAUCUCGUGGAAAGUUGCACUACCAAUGACUGCUUUGAGACUGAGCUGGCUCAAGAUGGGUCACAGCCCUGCCUUUGGAUCUAUAACUGAAACGAUAGUUACGGGCGACAGAAACGACUAUUUGCUCACGGCUCUCGAACCAGAAUCGCCGUACCGUGUGUGCAUGGUUCCCAUGGAAACCAGCAACAUCUAUCUCUCCGACGAAACGCCUGAAUGCAUCGAGACUGAGACGGCACCUCUUAAGAUGUACAACCCUACCACCACCCUCAAUCGGGAGCAGGAGAAAGAACCUUACAAAAACUCCAGCUUGCCCUUGGCCGCCAUCAUCGGCGGCGCGGUGGCGUUGGUGGCCAUAGUGCUGCUGGCCCUGGUCUGCUGGUACGUCCACAGAAACGGGUCCCUCUUCUCCCGGAACUGCACCUACAGCAAGGGACACCGGAGAAAAGACGACUAUGCCGAAGCGGGAACCAAGAAGGAUAACUCCAUCCUAGAAAUCAGGGAGACUUCUUUCCAGAUGAUACCAAUAACCAACGACCAAGUGUCCAAGGAGGAAUUUGUAAUACACACCAUUUUCCCACCUAACGGCAUGAAUCUGUACAAGAACAGCCACAGUGAAAGCAGUAGUAACAGGAGCUACAGAGACAGUGGUAUUCCAGAUUCAGAUCAUUCACACUCAUGAUACUGAAGGACAUGAAAGACUGGAUUGGGUUUUGUUGUUUUUUUUGGUUUGGUUUUGUUUUUUAAAGAAAACGAGAAGAGACUGACUUAACAGUUGCUGUUCUACUGCAAAACACUGGAUUAAGAGACUGACAAAGCAAUGUACUGUACAUUUGCCAUAUAAUUUAUAUUUAAGAACUUUUUAUUAAAAGUUUCAAAUUUCAGGCUACUGCUGCGAUUAAUGUAGCGGGGAUACCUGACCACAAUUCUAUAUUUUAGUAUUUUUUAGUAAUUUGUACUGUAUUUUCCUUGCUAAUAUUGAAGUUUCAGACCAUUUAACUUUUGUGUUCUACUGAGUAAGAUGACUUGUUGACUGUGAAAGUGAAUUUUCUUGCCGUGUUGAGCAGUCAGAACAUUCAUCUGAGAUCCUUGUAAGUGUAAGCACAGGCCAUUUUUCACUUUGGUAUCAAUAAAAUAAUGUUGAACCUGGCAAAUCAGGAAGAUCCAAGAAGUGGUUGCAAAAACUCGCAGAACUUUCCUUGUUGGGUCUAUUAAAUCUGUAAAACCACAACGAUAUUCAAUAAACAACAAUCCGUGUAGUAAUGGGCAAUAUCAGCUGUCUGGAUAUAUCCAUUCAACAAUGGUGAAAUCCAACUUAAAAAAAACCAACCCAAUCGAUGACAUACAUGAGACUGAGGCUUUUAAUGAGUAAAAAAGCCAAACAACUGAUCCCUGGAAGAAAGCAUAAUCAAAUUCCUAACAAGGAAUUGAAGCAAAAAAAAGCUCUAGGCUUAGAGGGGGUAGGUAUGGUUUAGGGAUAGAUUUCUGGUUAUCAAAGCCAGUGGUCUCCAUAUUACAGAGAAAACGAUGGAUGGUCACAGGCAUUUGGUAGGCAAGGGCAGGAGGACAGAGGCAACACUUAGAAACUGCUUUGAAAGAACAAAAGAUGAGAGUGCAGUUUCACAAGAAGAAGGAGCAGGAGAAAACGAACAGAAGCAAUAUAAUAAGCAAGGUCUCCAAAACUUUAGCCAGGAAGGUAAGCAGCCAAUUGGGGAACACAGCUAUUUCAAAGCAUAUACUCAAAACAGGUUAUACUGCCAUUACAGUCAGGAAUACUGCCCAUUACUGCCACAGUUUUCCAGAAAUUCCUUGAGAAAUCUGUAAGGUUAACAUGUUUCUUUCUGCCUUCCUGCUCAACUAUGAGCUAUUUCAUGUUUAAACCCCAAGCCACUCUCUGUUGCCAUAAUCAUUUGUUUCUUCAACUAAAAACCAAAGUGCAUUGUACGCCCUUUGGCCAGUCUUGUGUGUGCCUUGAUCCAACGCUACAUGUAUCAAGCUUUUAAAAACUUAAAGAAAAAAGAAAAGGAGAAAAAAAAAAUAAAAUACCCACUUUUUUCGUAUGUAACUUUAACUAUGAAAAAUAUUUGUUUUGUUGAUGAAUAAAGUUGCAAAGUUAUUUCAAAGCAAUGCUGCACCUCUGCAGUGCACUGAGAGGAUGCUCGCUCAGAAGCUACUACUUCGCAGGUCACGAGCUUCACCUGUUCCUUCAUUCAACUUGACAGUAUCACAGUUGCAGGGUUUCUUUAUUAUUAAGUAGUUGGAAAACAAGUUUUCACAACUUUGAAGUGUAAACAAUGAAAGGGAAGGAAGGCAUGGAGUUGCAACCCUCUGAGACACCAUUAUUUGCAACAGAAACGGCAAAUAAAAAUAUUGACUAUUGUGGACUGUGUCUCAGGCAAGAAGAAAUGUAAGCAAGCGCAAUUCAUUAUGAGAAUUUUAAGAGGUGCUCGGGCUGUCCAUUAAGAGUGGUAAAGAAUGGAAGAUGACAAGAAAAAACGACAAACACUGCAAUUAAUGGUUUCAGCAGUCAGCCUGCAAACAACUGCACAGAGCCGAAACUUCAAGUAAUGUGCGGCUCUUGUCAUCCUCAUUUUCUAGAUGUGCCCAAGGAAGUUGCUCUCCAAAACCCCUGUGCCAUGGUACUGUUCUCUCAACUUCACCUUCAAAAUGCCUCCCACAGUUGCUGAGCAGUGGAGGAGUCCCAGAUGGAGGAGCAGCACUGUGCUUCCCUACCAACAUUACAGAAAUCACAUCCUCUGCUUCACAUGGAGCAUUGACUGGAUCCACAGUGCCAAAAGUAACAGAAAAGAGCAUGUUAUGCUAAACAACUAUGUGCUCAGCUCAGUGUAAUGCACUAAAAAGGACUAUUUUCCCAUUAGGUAACAAAUCUAGGGAAGGGGGAGGAAAGCAAGACUAGGCAGUGUGGAGCUUUGUUAUGUUCUUGUGCAAAAAGGCAUCCUGGGCUGCAAGAGUGAAAGAAAAAACAGCGCAGAUGGAGAAGAAAAAGCUGGUUUUCAUCUCAGCUAGCGUAUAGAGACCCCUCAGAUCAGAGAUACAUUUAAUAGCUGAGUCACUAAUAGACCACUAAAACAAAAUUAAAUGGGGUUUCCUGGAUUUUCAAGCUGCUUACAUGAAAACCUCUUUCCUAGUUGUGACCUGAUCUAGGUGCACCUGCUUUAGCAGGGGAGUUGGACUAGAUGAUCUCUAGAGGUCCCUUCCAGCCCCUACCAUUCUGUGAUUCUAGCUGAGUCAGAAUUUGUGUUGUGAAAAGAGUAAAAUAACAUGCAAUGAGUACUCUUCUAUACCACUUCUGAGGCACCUCAGCUGCAGGUAGCCUGGUACUGGUACAUACCGUGUGAUGUGUGGGUGAUGCCACACACAGGCCAUGUGGGCUAUUAAAAAGUUGCUAUUUGGGGAGAUAAUUCCAUAGGAAUCUUAAGUAUGAGGACAAUUCAGGUGAAAUUUAUGUACUGAGAGGCAGUUGUAUCCAAAUCCAAAGCAACUUCCUUGUUCAGCUUUACCAGAAAGAGCAUGAAAACCUGGACAGGUGAUUGUGUCCUCAGCAGAGAACCAGGCCACAUUUGCAGGGAGAGCUGGUACCCUCCUACCACAGCUGAUGUCAGUGAAAAAAAAGGCACAUCCACACGUAGAAGGCCUUCCCUUAGGUUCUACAGCAACUUUUACGCAUCGUGUAUAAUACUAAGAUUGAUUUGGCAAGUGAAAGAUUGAUUUCAAACUAAACUGUUGGGUUUUUUUCCUUGGUAUAUUUAUACAAAUUUCUAUUCUGCUCCAUGUCGUGCCUGGCUCUUCAAGCCUCUUCUACUUAUCACAGCGCUGCAGUUACAGCAUGCAAUGCUCUCUUAGCACCACGCAUAAAUCCAUUCUAUUAGACAGUUAUACACAUAGGCAAAUCGGAUUACUACAUUGAGCAGUUUACUCAACACAUUUAUCAAAAUAACAUUAAUCCACGUUAAGUUUAUCUCAAAUAAUUUUCGGGUUCUGCAUUAUUUCAGUGUAUUGUUCAAUAUUUAAUUGUGUUGCAAGGAGGGAUUUUUUUUUCAGCGUUGCCUAAACUGAUGUGCAGAGUUAAUUUAAUCAGCAUCCUCCAGAUUAAAAUACUGUGCCAAGUACCUUUUACAUUCUUUAUUAGCAUCCCAUUUAAAAAUUUAUUUACAUUGCUAUCCUGAAUUGCUCACAGUUCUGUUUUAAACUGAAAGCUGACUCCAAAAAAAAACCACUAGUACUUUGGAAACCAUACUAAUUUUGUCUCUUCUCAGUACUUUCCAGAACUACUUUUUCUUCAUUUAUAAACUAUUAUUUCCUAGCUUUGUACAAAAGCCUGAAAUGCAACACUGUUGAGUUUUGGGGUUUUGUUUGUUUUGUUUGGUUUGUUUUUUUUUUUUCUCCUGGCUUUAAGAGUACCAAAUUCAAAGUAUUACGGUCUUGGAACACAUUUCUUCUGCUAAUGCACUAGCUAGCAUGCAAGCUAUAUUGUGCCAAUGCUGUACAUAUUGAAUGUAGAGCAGCAAAUGCAAUAAAGCAAGAGCAAAAGUAAUAAA